UUUGGUGAUGCUAAAUUUAGUAGCUCUAUGAAAGGAAAACUUCCUGCUCCUACUAGACAGAUAACGGAUGCAAUUAAGAAAAUUCAAACAUGUAACCAUUGUAAAAAUCAAAACUUAACUAAUAUUACUACAACCAAAUCGAAGCGUGAACUUCAUGCUGUACUCAAGUGUAACUCUUGCAGUACGGUAUGGAAUCGUGACGUGAUGGCUGCUAAAAACAUAAACUACAUUUUUACAUACAUGUCACAACAUAAAAAUAAAAGACCUCGUGAAUUUCAAAGAUCUUCUUAAAUAUAUACGAUCUCUAUAACGGUUUCG